AUGGCGGACUAUGCGGUCGACCCAGAAGAGAUAGCCAGGCUCUCCCUCGCCCAGGAUUCGGAGCAGUUCCCGCCGCCAUCUAUUCACAGCCCGGGCGUGGUUCCCAUAGACAUAACGGCCAAGUUUGCCGAGGCUGUCAAGACUUUGGAACCGGGGGAACUUGUCAAAGAUGGCUUCUUUACACUCUUUGAGUCCGUCUCGGCACUCGAGAUUGGUGAUCCAAAAAUGGACAGUGGCUGUGUCGCCCCAGGGGAAAAGUUUGAGGAGGAGUAUGAUGUCUCGCGAAGGCUGCUUCCGGAAGAGGUCCUGGGCAUAAUCGAUGAGCUCAUUUGCCAUGAAAUUUCAUGGCACCUCGGCUACCCAUUAUCACAGACGCUAUUCACCAGCGUCUAUGUCGAGGCGCUUUCCAUGCCCGACCCUGCCAGUAUUGGCGAGGCCCAGUUUGUGAGAUCCAGCAGCUCCGAGAGUAGGACUGAGCCCAUGCUGCAGAUUCUCCGGGCCUACUGUCUGGGCAUGCUCAAAGGUUGCAGCUAUGUGAAUGAGCGCAUACAGAUGGAACACUACUAUGAGGAAGAGGAUUUCGUGAUAAAUACAUACAACCGCACCCUGCUCAGGCGCAUAUCAACACGCAACAUUCACUCCGCCCUCAGCGAAGCCCAAGGGCUACUCACCCUGUUGAAGGAUGAUGUUUCUGAGGAAGUUCUGCAGGCGCUAUCGGCUCGUCUGAGCCUGCGCCGCGUUUUUCUCGAGGCUGCAGAGUCGCCGGAGAACAAGCGGGAUUUUGCCAAGGCUCAAGCGCCUUGGAUCGAAGCGGCCGACUAUCUCCCCAUCAUUGAAAAGACGCAUGCACUGGCAAAAGAUGUCGACGAAGCCUUUUCAGCCAAACUGCAGAGAAAGCUAGCCAGUACCAUGCCGCCGCGUCCCAUCGUGCAGCUCGACUUUAAGGAAGCCUUUACCCACCUGUCCCGCAUGUUUGAGGAUGGCCGCGAGGUCAUCAACGUACUCAAGUAUACUGACUCCCAAUGCCUCCUGACAUUUGUGUCAACAUUCCAGGCCAAGAAGCCCCAACCCCUCGUCUACGUGAGAACUCUCUUGCAGACACUUCUCUUUGAUGAAAUGCAGAUUCUCGGACAUAUGAGCAUUCGGCAGCUCCUCGACGAUGAUCUCUCCAUCUUCACGCUCCCCGCCAGCCCGCUCCUCGCGCGCAGCAACGAUGAUAUCGAGGCCGUUCACGACGUCCGUUUCAUAAUGUCGCAGCAGACGGAACUCUUCCGCCAGCGUGCCGCCCAGCCAUUCCUCGACAUUCUGCGCACUUUUUGCCAAAACCGCUGCCGCAUCCGCCGCACGCUUUGCCAUCUUAUCCGCGACUGGGAGGACCUGCAAAUGGACGCCGAGGACAUUGACCACGUCUUGCAGGUAAAGACCAACGAGCAGCCCCUCGUCCACCGCGCCUCUAUGCUGAGCAGCUCAGCCCGACCCGUCGAGUCCUAUGCCCUCUCGCUGUCUUCUUGGGCCUACCUUUACAAGCUGCGCCUGAUGGAGACGAUUGUCCAACUCGGUUUCGAGCUCGAGGUCUACCAGCCGGAUGAGCACCUCGGCAUGUACUGGUACCUCAACUACCUCGCCAAGGGCCGCUUGCAGCAUGCCGAGCGCAUCAAGUCCUUCAUCAUCCACCGCGUGGAGGAGUUCCGCGCCUCGCCCAGCCAAGAUCCCGACGCGGAGAAGCAGCUCCAGCGCGCCCUCGCCGCCACCCGCCUCACCCUCCUCGACGCCGCCGUUACCUGGGAGCUCUCUGAUGCCCUUUCGUGCCUGCACACUGUCCUCGCGCGCCACAAGCUCGUGCGUAGCCCACCGCGGCCCUACAGCGACGACGCGCUCCGCUACGAGCUGCGCAUGCGGCCCUUUGCCGCCAUCGGCUUGCCUUCGCUACCGUCGUUUGCCGAUUUUGAGGCCGAGUCACGCCAGGCGACGACGCCAUCAGCGGAGAUUCUGGCGUACGGCGAGCGCGCGCUUGUCGGCGCGAAAAAGGGCUUCGAGGCCCUCAGCAGGCUCUCGGCCGAAGAGUCGUUUUCGGUCGGCUCGCACGAGCGCUGGGUGGUUGACGUCAAGAACGGCCUCAAGUCGUGCAUCGCGACGGGCAUUGCGAUUACGACGCUACAGAAGACGCUGGCGGGUGUGGAUGAGAAGAAGCCGGGCGAGGAGCUGCUGAAGGGCAAGGCGCUGGGCUUGAAGGUUGAGAUUCCGACGCCGGACAAGACUUAUCACCCAUCUUGGAUCGUACCUAGAGUAACAGUUAUACCCAAUUGA